AUGGCCCACGCCACCAUGCUUGCGCGACGACAGCUCGCCUCGAGCUCCUUGAGCACCAGAGCUACCAGCAUCGUUGGCCUCGUCCAGCAGCGAGGCUAUGCGACGCCUCACGGUCCUCCCCCCGCCAACUUCCGAACAAGCAAGCCUGUGCGGUGGACGUGGGAUAACGAGAGCACCCUGGACCGUAUGGGAAAGUUUUUCCUCAUGACCGAGAUGGCGAGGGGCAUGUAUGUCCUGCUUGAGCAGUACUUCCGACCACCUUACACUAUUUACUACCCCUUCGAGAAGGGCCCUAUCUCUCCCCGAUUCCGUGGCGAGCACGCUCUCCGACGAUACCCCUCUGGCGAAGAGCGAUGUAUCGCCUGCAAGCUCUGCGAGGCUAUCUGCCCCGCCCAGGCCAUCACUAUCGAGGCUGAGGAGCGAGCCGAUGGAUCCCGCCGAACCACCAAGUACGAUAUCGACAUGACCAAGUGCAUUUACUGCGGUUUCUGCCAGGAGUCUUGCCCCGUCGACGCCAUCGUUGAGUCGCCCAACGCCGAGUACGCUACCGAGACCCGAGAAGAGCUUCUGUACAACAAGGAGAAGCUUCUUUCCAACGGAGACAAGUGGGAGCCUGAGCUCGCAGCCGCCAUCCGCGCCGACUCGCCAUACCGAUAA